GAGGAAGAGCUGUGCUGGGUUUGUUGUCAUUCCCACACUGAGUAGAGUACUUGCUGCUUUUGUGGUUAGGCUGCCCUGCCGUUUUCUUUUUUUUGUUAUUAUUAAUAUUUUUAUUGUUAUUAUUAAUACAAUGGUGUCUAUAAUCUCUGACUUGGAUCCUCUGAAAGGCUGGAAAGUUUUAAGAGAGACUUCCACAGAGUUGUCUGGAGCAUUACCAAGUAACGGCACAGCUAACAAGAUGAAUGGAGCUUUGGAUCAUUCAGACCAACCAGACCCAGAUGCCAUUAAGAUGUUUGUUGGACAGAUUCCCCGUUCAUGGUCGGAAAAAGAGUUAAAAGAACUUUUUGAGCCUUACGGAGCUGUCUACCAGAUUAAUGUUCUCCGAGACAGAAGUCAGAACCCUCCCCAAAGUAAAGGUUGUUGUUUCGUAACAUUUUAUACAAGAAAAGCUGCUCUUGAGGCACAGAAUGCACUGCACAAUAUUAAAACUUUACCUGGGAUGCAUCAUCCUAUUCAGAUGAAACCCGCAGAUAGUGAAAAGUCCAAUGCUGUGGAAGACAGAAAAUUGUUCAUAGGAAUGGUUUCGAAGAAGUGUAAUGAGAAUGAUAUCAGGGUGAUGUUUUCACCGUUCGGCCAGAUAGAAGAAUGCCGAAUCCUUCGGGGACCUGAUGGGCUGAGCAGAGGCUGUGCGUUUGUCACAUUUUCUACAAGGGCAAUGGCACAGAAUGCAAUCAAAGCCAUGCACCAGUCUCAGACCAUGGAGGGCUGCUCUUCGCCAAUCGUGGUGAAGUUUGCUGACACCCAAAAGGACAAGGAGCAGCGGCGUUUGCAGCAGCAGUUGGCACAGCAGAUGCAACAGCUCAAUACUGCCACUUGGGGAAACCUCACAGGCCUUGGAGGACUCACACCACAAUAUCUAGCUCUUCUGCAGCAAGCAACUUCCUCCAGUAACUUGGGUGCCUUCAGCGGCAUUCAGCAAAUGGCCGGCAUGAACGCUUUACAAUUACAGAACUUGGCAACUUUAGCAGCUGCAGCAGCCGCCGCCCAAACCUCAGCUACCACCACCAAUGCAAAUCCUCUCUCCACAACGACUGGUGCUCUGGGAGCCCUCACAAGUCCUGUGGCUGCAUCAACUGCUAAUUCCACAGCUGGUGCGGCCAUGAAUUCUUUGACUUCUCUGGGUACUCUUCAAGGACUGGCUGGAGCCACUGUUGGACUGAAUAAUAUUAAUGCACUAGCAGGUACCGUAAACAGUAUGGCGGCCCUGAACGGAGGACUCGGCGCAACAGGCUUGACGAAUGGUACGGCCGGCACAAUGGACGCACUCACCCAGGCCUACUCAGGAAUCCAGCAGUACGCUGCGGCCGCGCUGCCCACCUUGUACAGCCAGAGCUUGUUGCAGCAACAAAGCGCCGCGGGCAGCCAGAAGGAAGGUCCAGAAGGGGCAAACCUCUUUAUUUACCACCUCCCCCAGGAGUUCGGAGACCAGGACAUUCUGCAGAUGUUCAUGCCUUUUGGAAAUGUUAUCUCUGCUAAAGUCUUCAUUGACAAACAGACCAAUCUGAGCAAGUGCUUUGGUUUUGUUAGCUAUGACAAUCCAGUCUCUGCACAAGCUGCUAUCCAGGCUAUGAACGGCUUUCAGAUUGGCAUGAAACGCUUGAAGGUUCAGCUGAAACGCUCCAAAAAUGACAGCAAACCUUACUGAUCUUAACCCCAGAUGCUUACUGCUCUUAUUUUAGCUUUCUUAGGACAUCUCCAUGCCCGUUAGCCCAUCGUUUGCCUAGCAUGUCCCUGUGGCGUCUCAAAAAAAAAAAAAAGUUUCAUCGUCCCGUCAUUGUUUCUGAUGUCUUUCUGACCUCACAUCAUAUUUGGUUCUCCUACUGACCUUUGAUCUAGUUUGACCUUUGAAAUUUGCAUGUGACCUCAUCUAGCUAUGAAUUCUGGGAAGUCAAUGUGAAAAAACAUUGCUGCAUUCAUGCAAGACUGAAAUUUAUUAUUAGAUAAAUUAAUGAUAGGAUUUAAAAACAACCUGUGGCAAAAUGUUUUUUCUUUCUUUCCUUUUUUGUUUUUCUUUUUUCCUUUGUUCUAUUUUUUUUUCAUUUCGUAAAAAAAAAUAAAAAAAAAAACAGACUUGAAAGUAUUAUACAGGGAUUGGCAUUCUGCCUGGUCACUGGUGACAAUAGCAAUAUGUGUCCAGAGGCACAGAAUGUUGGUUUCUAACAGACUACUUCCAAAACAGUUUGAGAAAUAAAACUGUCUGAUUUUAAGUCUCUAGAGGUCUGUAAUAGUUUUUACAUUUUUCAGGCAGUGUAAAGUUUUUUGAUAAGGCCAUUUUAGGUGGCUCACUUUCUCAUUAAAGUAUAUAUAUAGAACCACUUUUUGUAGAUUAGUAUAAGAAAAUAUUUACCCUGUUUUAGGGCAAAUGCUACCUACUUGUGUCACCUUUUGCUGAACUGACUCACAGUUAGACAAUCCAUGGUUUAAUGCACAUGAAAUUACCUAUAUUUUAUACUGUUUCAAUGUACAGAAGAAAGGUUACUGUAAAAUGUGUUACGUUGGUGCUUCUGUGAAUUAAGUUGUGGUUUCAUCAUGAGUCUUAUGGUCUUAAGUGUUCUAUGUUUAUAAAGACAAGUUUAAAAUUGGUUUACUUGAAGAACAAGAACAAAAACAAGAUUCAAAAAAAAAAAGAAAAAAAAAAGUUGUUUGCUUAAAAAAAUGAAUUUCAUGUGAAAAAUUAAAAAAUAUUCCAGAAUAAGUUUGUGUUGGCUUGUGACGCAUUGAUGUCAUUUUUUUAUUGUGAACAAUUUAGAUGUGUUUGUGUUCAGCAAAAUGUGAUCGGUUUUUCUUUUAAAGAAAAAAAAAAUCAGUGAAACUAUAGUGCCAAAUUCCAAAGGUACUUUCUUCCUAGAGCUUCAGUGUGUUUCUUGUGUGAAGUAAUUUGAUAACAUGGGUAUUUUAUUAUGUGUUUUGUAUAAAUCCCUAAUAUUUAAAGAAAAAGAGGUUAAAAAGUUUGUUAACUUGCUAUCCUGUGGUCUUGUUGCCUGAAAUUGUUAUUGUUUGUUAUUUCUCUUUGAUGUUUUUUGUAAAACAUUGUAUAAGUGCCCAUGUUUCACUUUUUUAACCACUCUGCACACAUCAAUGCUGUGAAAGCAAACCUCACAAUGUAUUUUCUUCAUAUUGUAUGGAAACCUCUAAGGUGAGAAAGUUUUGAACUUUUAACCCUUUCCACCCAGAGCUGUCUUGAGUGUUAAUACCUUUUAUACAUUCACCAUUUUGCUGUUUAUUUUUAUAUAUAUAUCUAUAUCUAUAAAUAUAUAUAUACUUAGUUUUUUGUGGUUUAUUUAAUACAUGGUUGAAAUCAGAACAAUGCACAGGGCAGAUCUGAAGGACAAAAAUAUUUUACUGCUGUCUAAAUUUCUUCUGUAUCUAUAACUAAAAUUAUUUAAAACAGUAAUUAACUUGUGGUUUUCCUUUUUAGAUUUUGGGGAUUUUGUCUUUUCUUAAAGAGCUUUUAAUAUGCUGCUGGAAUAUGCUAUUCAGUAUUAAUAAAAUAAAAGAAAAAUAAAACAAUUCUUUAAUUAUCUAUUGUGUGAACCACUCCCAGAAAGGAGUGGUAAAUCCACCAUUUGAAAAUCGUGAGGAGAAAAAAAAAUAUUUUUGUAAUUUAAAUAAAUGAACUUUUGCUUAAAUCAGAUGCACUAGAUCUUCCUGGGUGAAAAUUCAGCGUGCACUGCAGUUAAACUACUUUUUAUGGACAAAGUUUACAUACACUGUAAUGUUUGGUGUUAUCUGCCAUUAUCUGUAACGGCAAUAUAUUGGCUUACUCCUGCAGACACUCGUAUAGAGAGGAGUAACUUUACUCGUACAAGUAGUCCAUGGGAAUACGUAUGUGACUGAUGUGGGUGUUUGCUGGAGGAAGCUGUAAGGAACCAGAAAAGAGAUGCUGGUAGCCCUUUCACUGCCUUGUAAGUCUGAUUAGAUCGCAUUUCUACCGCACACGUAGUGACCAACAACCAAAUUUGGUUCUUUGCUACCGGUAUAGCAAAUUCAUUGCCAAUCCAAUGCGUGUGAGCAGCAGUACCUGCUACUGAUGAUAAAGUGCCAUACCUUCUUCCUAUUUCUGAUUAUAUUCGAAGCCACCUAAAAUUAAAAACGAAGCCCUAUAUGAACAACAUCAGCUGGUGCACUCUUGUCUCUCAUCCCCAACUUAAAUGCUUCUUUAUGUAAAGCCCUGGGAUGGAAAGGACUAGCCUCUAGUGAUGCAAAAAAGUUUCCUUCUUAUAGCACAUGCACUUAUAAAUAAGUGAUCUAUACUUUUCUCACGUUUUUACUACUGCUGGGGCCUUCCUACACCCUUUGAGGGCUAUUUUGUACUACUUGCAGCAAUUUUGCAUAUUCAAAGUAUCAUCUCACGUACGUUAUAUUAUAUAUAUGUACAUAUAUAUAUAAUAUGAGAUCAUCAUUUGGAUUGUUUAGACUGUUUCACUAAUUUAUCCUCAUUGUACCCACCGUAUAAAUUUCCAAAGCCUUUUUAGAUGCCCUAGUGUGUCCUGCAGGUUUACCAGCCUAGUGAGAGUGGUGACAUCUUUGGUCAUCGGGCAGUGUAAUUUGGUAUCGGCCGCAGACCCAGGCGGUUGCCCCAAAUUACACUACACGAGACAUUGGCUUAGCAGUGGAAGAGGAGGAACAGUUCAGGAUUUCCAGGCAACUGAGAUGGGUCCAUCUUGAAAUUUAUUUAUUUUUUAAAUCAAAUAUAAAAAUGAAAACCCAAACAUACACCUCCUCGGAGACAAAUUAUCUACCAGUUCUCUUUCAAAAUAUUGAAAGGAAAAAGCUGCAAGGGUGCAAGGGCCUAAUAAGAGAGGAAGAAAAACAAGGGAAAUUGCUUUACAAAAUUCUAAUCAAAAGACUAGACUAGUUGCUUUUUUUCAAACAAAUUAGCUAAUUGUGAUGAAAUGGCAGUCCUCAAAGGAGUAACAAGUUCAUCUUUCUUUCACCAUAGGGGUUACAGUUCCUUGGCUUGUGCUACUCUGGAAUCAUUUUACUGUUUCUGUUUUUAUUAUCUUAAGUGCUAAUUAACGAAAGGAAAAAAUAUCCUGUAGUUUCAUUACCUUUUUGGAUAAUGUCAUACAAAAAAAAAAAAAGAAAACGAAAAAAAAACUAUGUAUUUGUGUUUUUUUUGUGCUGUGAGAAUUGUUGUUUGUAGAUUAAUAAUACUAUCAUUUUGUUUAGAAUUACAAACUAGUUUUUAAGUAUUGUCUGAGAAAAGCCAAAGUUAAUGCAAUCUAGUGGAAACUGUAAGACCAUUUGAGUAUUGUUUCUGUUUUAUUGAUGCAUUUGGAUUUUGUUGUUUGAUGGAAUUUGAGCCAAAAAAAAAAAAAGAACAAGAAAAAAAAAAAAAAAGCAGGCUUUCCUAUUUCUACAACCUGACUGUACUUAUGCAUUUUGUACCAGUGGAACUUUUUAUACUGGAGAUUAAAAACAAAUGGAAAUUUUUGUGGCUUACUCUUGUGGGCCCCCUCGAUCAUGACUGAUUUUCAAGUUUGAUUUCUGGAUGGUAGAAAGAGAGUUGGUUUUGUUUAGAGAAUUAAAAACUUUGGCUUGAUUUCUUUUUUUCCCUUUGCUUAUAUCUAGUGUUUAGAAUUUUGUCUUAACAAAAGCGGUAAGUUUCACUUUUUAUUCUGUAUCGUGCAGUUACACAAUAAGGUAAUUAGAAUUAGGAGUACUCGGUCACUUUGCGUGGAUAAAUGUAUUAGUUAAAACGUUAGGGGUUUGCUUUUUUGCUGUUUAGAUCAGAGUUUUUUCUGAUUCUUCUGUCCUCAUUGUGAACAUAACCGUGUAGUUGAAACAGUCAGACUUAUUUUUGUAACGUAUGUUAUUGUGUGAUGCAGUUUUUUGCUUCUGUCUCCAAUAUUAAACCAU